UCAGGAGUAGGCUAGUCCAGGGGCGGUUCGCAGGCGUCGGUUGAUGCAAGAUGGCGGCGCGUUGCUUGGUGUCCGCUCUGGGGAAGCGGCGUUUCAAGGUGGGCCUUAGACAGAUUCCUGCAGUGUACCAAAAUGCAGCUUGCAGAUUCCACUUUGCUGUCAAUGGGAAACAUAAUAAAAAUGCAAACAAAGUUUCAAAUGCAAUUUCUACUCAGUACCCAGUGGUAGAUCAUGAAUUUGAUGCGGUGGUUGUUGGAGCUGGUGGUGCUGGUUUACGAGCAGCUUUUGGUUUAUCUGAAGCUGGUUUCAACACUGCUUGUGUUACAAAACUCUUUCCAACUAGAUCUCACACAGUCGCUGCUCAGGGUGGAAUAAAUGCUGCACUGGGCAAUAUGGAGAGUGAUGAUUGGAGGUGGCAUUUUUAUGAUACUGUUAAAGGAUCUGAUUGGCUGGGAGAUCAAGAUGCAAUCCACUAUAUGACAGAACAGGCACCAGCUGCCGUUAUUGAGCUGGAAAAUUAUGGAAUGCCUUUCAGUAGAACCGAGGCAGGCAAGAUUUAUCAACGUGCAUUUGGUGGGCAAAGCCUGCAAUUUGGAAAAGGGGGGCAGGCUCACCGCUGCUGUUGUGUUGCAGACCGGACAGGGCACUCUUUACUGCACACUCUGUAUGGCAGGUCAUUGCGGUAUGAUACCAGCUAUUUUGUUGAAUACUUUGCCUUGGAUCUUCUGAUGGAGAAUGGAGAAUGUCGAGGUGUCAUCGCAUUGUGUAUGGAAGACGGUUCUAUUCACCGAUUUAGAGCUAAUAAUACUGUGCUUGCCACUGGUGGAUAUGGAAGAACUUACUUCAGUUGUACGUCAGCUCAUACAAGUACUGGAGAUGGAAGUGCCAUGGUCACUCGAGCUGGGUUACCCAAUCAGGACUUGGAAUUUGUCCAAUUUCACCCCACAGGAAUUUAUGGUGCUGGUUGCCUCAUCACUGAAGGAUGUCGUGGUGAAGGUGGAAUUCUCAUCAACCGUGAGGGAGAGAGAUUCAUGGAGCGAUAUGCUCCAGUUGCAAAAGAUCUUGCUUCGAGAGAUGUAGUAUCACGAUCUAUGACCAUUGAAAUUCGUGAAGGGCGAGGUUGCGGCCCUGAUAAGGAUCAUGUGUACUUACAACUGCACCACCUGCCCCCUGAGCAGCUUGCAAUGCGGCUGCCUGGUAUUUCAGAAACUGCUAUGAUUUUUGCUGGCGUGGAUGUUACCAAAGAGCCAAUUCCAGUCCUUCCUACAGUUCAUUACAAUAUGGGAGGUGUCCCCACCAACUACAAAGGCCAGGUGAUUAACCACACAAAUGGUAAAGAUGCUGUGGUUCCUGGCCUCUAUGCCUGUGGUGAAGCUGCAUGUGCUUCAGUUCAUGGAGCUAACCGACUUGGAGCAAAUUCCCUCCUCGACUUAGUGGUAUUUGGCCGUGCCUGUGCCCUGACCAUCGCGGAAACUUGCAAGCCAGGAGAUGCUGUUGCACCGAUUAAACCAAAUGCUGGAGAGGAGUCUGUAGCCAAUCUUGACAAGCUGCGAUUUGCUGAUGGAAAUACUCGUACAUCUGAGCUCAGAAUUGGCAUGCAGAAGUGCAUGCAAAGUCACGCAGCUGUGUUCCGCACAGGCUCUGUACUAAAAGAAGGUUGUGAGCAGUUAAGCAAUUUGUACAGCUCUCUGGAUGACAUCAAGACAUUUGACAGAGGUAUUGUUUGGAACUCUGACCUAGUUGAGACCCUGGAACUGCAGAAUUUGAUGCUUUGUGCCCUUCAGACUAUCUAUGCUGCAGAGGCUCGCAAAGAGAGCAGGGGAGCACACGCUAGAGAGGAUUUCAAGAUGAGAAUUGAUGAGUAUGACUUUUCAAAGCCAUUGCAAGACCAAGAGAAGAAACCAUUUGAUGAACAUUGGAGAAAGCACACACUCUGUUAUGUGGAUCCCAAGACUGGAAAGGUUACUCUGGAAUACAGACCUGUAAUUGACACAACGUUGGAUGCAAAAGACUGUGCCACAGUUCCACCAGCAAUUCGUUCUUAUUAAAUCUAACAAAACCAUUAAAUCAUUACAUGCUUAACUGGGAAUUAAAAAAAAGGAUAGCUCCCUAUUAACAUAUUUAAUAAAAGUCUAAUUCAGUGGCAAAAUGUCAUCCUUUUUGAACUCUAUGUAUUAUAACAAUAUGUAAAUUGUAAAACAUAAACAUCUUUUGUAUGAGUGUGAGUGAUAAAGCCAUAGGAACAGUACUCUGUACAUAGUGCAUUGAUGAAUUCCAUAAAAGAGCAUGCAUUCUAAUGAUGCCAGUGGUUUAUCUAACGGUUUAUAAAAAAUAAUUCCUUUGCAA